CCUACAAAGAGGGAGCCGGGAGGAGAAACGGCAGACGAGGAUAGGAAGAGUGACUGAGAGGAUAGAGAGCAUCUGAGAGAGAGGGUUCGCAUGCAGGACCGUGAAUAAACAGCAGGCAGGCUUUGGAGUGCUUUUUUUUUACUUCCACCACAACUGCUACAGCUGAGGAGAUGCUUAUGUGAUGAAAGCAAUUGAUUGUGCAUAGUAAGCAAGAAGUUUUCUUCCUUUGUACUGAUAAAGAGCAGGAAUUCAUAAAUUGCUGCAUCUUAGAGUGUCUCAUUAUGGAUGACUCUAGGGAACUUACUGAAUAGAUCUCAGCACUGCAUCAUGGUUCAGCAAAGGACCCACAAAUACUCGUCGGUCAUGGAUGGCAAUUCUACCAGAGAGGUCUUCGUGGGACUGGCGGCAGAGGAUGAUACUGAGGUGUUUGGACAUGUACCUCCUAACAAAGACCCCAACUGGUGCAAAACUCCAACUGGGCACAUCAAGAGACCAAUGAACGCUUUUAUGGUCUGGUCCCAGAUUGAGAGACGGAAGAUCAUGGAGCAGUGGCCUGACAUGCACAAUGCUGAGAUUUCAAAGCGCCUUGGAAAGCGCUGGAAAUUACUGCCUGAUUAUGAGAAGAUACCCUUCAUCAAAGAGGCUGAAAGGUUGCGUCUAAAGCACAUGGCUGACUAUCCUGACUACAAGUACCGGCCCAGAAAGAAGAGCAAGGGUUCCACUCCAGUGAAACUUGGAGAGAAGUUGCCUAUGAAAUCCAGAAAGUCCCAUUCAGGAAGAUCUAUUGGGCUGUCCUGCAAAGGGCUAAAGAUCAAACCCGCUUCUACCAAGCCUAAAAUUAACUCUAAUGGCAAUAAAUAUAAGAGCUACAGCGAGAGCAUGAGUGAUGACGACAUGAUGGAUGUAAACAUAGAAAGUCCAGUGACUCUGCAAGAUGAUCACAACCAGUCAAGUAACUUUGUCCUUCACCAGCAGGCUACCAUUCCCUCUGAGGACCAGCAACCAGUUCCUGAGCUCAGAGUGAAAGUGCCCAUCUCUCAAACCAGCAGCAUCCAGAGUCUCUCCACGGACAAAGAGUGCCAGGCACUUCCGGAGUGCACAACGAGCGAGCCACGAGGGUUGACGUCUGGAAGAUCCUCCACUCCAACCUCAACCAGCUCCUCCUCUUUGGUGUCAUCAGCUUGUUCGGAUGAGGAAUUAGACGAGGAACUCUUGCAUAUCAUUUCUAACAGUAUGCCUAUGGACAGCUCCGCUCUGGACAAGGACUUUGAAGCAUUUCAUGCUAACUCAGGAUCCCAUUUUGACUUCCCAGAUUACUGCACUCCAGAGGUGAAUGAAAUGAUUUCUGGGGACUUGCUUGUGCCCAGCAUCUCAGACCUAGUGUUCACUUACUAAAGU